AUGUCAUUCAAUUUUCUUCAAAUAUUCCAAGAUGAUUUAAUUCCAUCUAUGAUGUCGAAAGCUGCAUAUGGACUGGCAACAACAUGUAUUCUUGGAGCUGCUGCUUAUGCUGGAUAUCGUGUAGGUGCACCAGAAAAGCACCAAACUAGAAAACAUUUAAAUCCAGAAUUGAAUGAACAAAUCAAGAAAGUUGUAGAUUCAUUAAAAAUAAGCGAUGAUCAACUCAUAGAUAUAAUGCAGAUGUUAGAAGAAGAAAUGAAUACUGGUCUUUCACUAUCAACACAUCAACAUGCAACAGUAAAAAUGUUUCCAUCAUAUGUACAAAAUAUUCCAAAUGGAAGAGAAACUGGUCAAGUACUUGCACUUGAUUUAGGUGGAACAAAUUUUCGUGUACUUCUAAUUGAUUUACAUGGAGAUUCAACAAUAGAUUUAACGUCUAAAAUUUUUAUUAUUCCACAAUCAAUUAUGAUUGGUGAUGGAAAAUAUUUAUUUCACCAUUUAGCUGAAUGUUUACAUGAAUUUAUGGAAAAAGAACAUUUAUUAAAUACUGGAAUAUGUUAUCCAUUAGGUUUUACAUUUUCAUUUCCUUGUCAACAAGAAGGUCUUGCAUCAGCACGAUUAACAACAUGGACAAAAGGUUUUAAUUGUUCUGGUGUUGUUAAUGAAGAUGUUGUAAAACUUCUACAAGAUGCUAUUAAUGAAAAACAUAUAAAUGCAAAAUGUGUAGCUCUCGUAAAUGAUACAGUUGGAACAUUAAUGUCUUGUGCUUAUAAAGAUCCAUCAACAGCCAUUGGUCUCAUAUUAGGAACUGGAACAAAUGCAUGUUAUAUUGAAAAUUUAGAUAAAGUUGGUACAUGGAAUGGUAAUUAUAAUGAACCAAAACAAGUUAUUAUUAAUACAGAAUGGGGUGCUUUUGGUGAUAAUGGUUGUUUAAAUUUUAUCCGAACAAAAUAUGAUGAAGAAGUUGAUAUUUCAUCAAUUAAUCCUGGCAAACACAUUUUUGAAAAAAUGAUUUCAGGAAUGUAUAUGGGUGAAAUUGUUCGUUUAAUAAUACUUGAUUUAAUUCAACAGGAAUUAAUUUUUCUUGGUCAUCGUGAUACAUAUAGAGAUUAUGCAACACCACUUUAUAAUUAUGGAGGUUUUCAUACAAAAUUUGUUUCAACAGUUGAAACAGAUGAAGGUAUUCAAUUUUCAAAUACACGUCGAGUACUUGAAAAUAUUGGUAUAGAAAAUCCUACAUAUGAUGAUUGUGCUAUUGUUCAAUAUAUAUGUCGACAAGUUUCAAAACGAGCUGCUAGAUUAGCUGCUGCUGGUUUAGCUCUAUUGAUUAAUCGAAUUGGAAAAUCUCAUAUUACUAUUGGUAUUGAUGGAUCACUUUAUCGAUAUCAUCCACAUUUUAAAGAUAAUAUGGAAGAUUGUAUAGAAACAUUGGUUAAUAAAGAUUUUCAAUUUACAUUAACUUUAUCUGAUGAUGGGAGUGGUAAAGGUGCUGCUAUGGUUGCUUGUGUUGCUGAUGCUUCUCCGUACAAAGAAACUCGUGUAUAUGAUGAAGAAAUAAUUAACUAA